AUGUUUUUUUUUCGGCUCUCUACAGCAACUACUGAUCCUACGACAACAACAUCUAUACUGGCCAGCAUUUGGACAUUGACAAUACCGACGAAUGCUACAUGGAAUGAAAUAGGUAUAACAGUGGCUGGCAACAGUAAUGGAACAAGUGCGAGUGAUUUAGGUUCCCUUAAGACCCCUGUGGAUAUUUUCGUUGACAAUAAUUACACAUUGUACAUAGCUGAUCGAGACAAUAAUCGCGUUGUGAAAUACUAUGCUAAUACGACUGUCGGUAUACUUGUUGGUGGUAAUGAAACUAGUGGUGAUGAUUUAAGUCAACUGUCCGGUCCCAAAGGUAUUGCUGUUGAUCAGUAUGGCAAUGUGAUUGUCGCUGAUAGUGAUAACUAUCGUAUCCAAGCUUUUGGUCCUCACUCAACCAUUGCUACGACAAUGUCUAGUAAUAGUUCAGCUCUUUUAAUUGGUCAAAUGCGAGAUUUACAUAUCAAUGUAAAUAAUGUUAUCGUUAUAACUGAUUCAACUUACAGCCGUAUAGUCAAGUUUAAUAGUUCAAGCGGAAUCGGUACAAUUAUAGCAGGCAUAAAUGGAGCUGGAUCAGCAGCAGAUCAGUUCUCAUCUCCUUUCGGAAAUUUCAUUGAUGCGGAUGAAACAUUGUAUGUAGCUGACAGUGGAAAUCACCGUAUACAAAUGUGGCCGGCGGGAGCAACUAGUGGAGUUACUGUAGCUGGCGUCAAUGGCUCAGUCGGAUCUAGUUUAGGACAAUUGAAUAAUCCUCUAGCGGUAAUCAUCGAUAAUAAUGGGUAUGUUGCUUGGAGCUACUGA